AUGAAAGUAAAUGUUGAUUAUUUAUCUGUUGAUAAAAAUGAUAGACAUCGACGUCUUCGAGGUAAACUCCUGUUUAAAGAAACAUUCGAGAAAUGUGAAGAAUAUUGUGGGGGUGAUACUUCUUUAACAGUUGAUAAGUCAACAAGGUUGCCUACUAUUGUCUCCGAAUCCAAUGCCAAUAACAAAGUAAUGAGAUGUACAAUAUUUGAACAAAAAAAGCGAAAAAAUGAAUCAAAAGAACCUGAAUUUACUGGAAAGCAAAUGAAAACAAAUUCGUCAAUUGUGAUUGUUAAGAAAUCAACUCAAAUUGAUAAAACAACACAAAACAAUCAACAGAAUGCAUUUGAUAAUCAAAAACGACAACCUAAUGAAAAUAAUACCAAUGAUCAACCUGAAUCAUCCGCUUCAACUACGGAAUCUUCAAUCAUUGUAAGCCUUUCUAAUAACGAUUCCCUUGACAAUAAUAGGUCGUCAAAAUGUUCAGCUGAUUUGAAUCAAUCUCAACAACGAACAAAAUUAACAGGAAUUGAUCGACAAGAAAAUGACACUAUUUCCAAUGAUAAUAUAGAAGCGGAUGAUGAAUUAAUUUUACCUCGUCAUAUUCAACUUGAAUUAAAGAGUAAUAGAAAACGAAUUCUUGAUCUGGAAAAUCAAUUGAAAGAAUUGAAACAUACAUCCGUUCCAUUUCCAACAACUGAAAAAGGUGAUUAUUUGCGCCGUGUGUUGAAUGUUGUUGAUAUGCAUGAUGAAUUAGCACAAACAAGAACAAUUAAUUAUGGGCAACUGUUAGGUCUUACUAAUUUUGAAUUAUUAGAAGCAACUGGUAAUGGACGAUUACCAUGGAAAAAAAUUGUUGUCAGUUUAAUACAAGCUUGUUUCAAGAAUGUAGAUUUGCAAUAUGAAAAUUAUACAUCACUUCGAGCUCGUAAUAAAGAUUUGAUUGAUAAUAUUUCAGCUUAUGUCAAAACUGUUUGUCCUACUGCUGUGUUCACCAAUACAGAAUUUUCAGGUUGUAUUACUGGUAAAUGUCAUAAUAUGAAAUGUGAUAACAAGAAAAAAGCCAAUAAACUCGCUUCUCUUUAAAUGUUUCAACAACAAGAUGAUAAUCUUAUGGUUGUUACUAAUAAUAAAAUAUUACAUUUAUGAUGUAAUCAGAAACAAUAUGUUGUCAAGUAAAUAAACAAUAUUUUUAUUAAGCAGUAU